UGAGGCGGUGCUGUCCCGCCGGCCCUCUUGAAAUACUAUUCUAUGUAUCUCUAUAUAAAUGGAGCAGAGGCUCUGUGUGUUGCAGUCGAAAACGGUUCGCGAACGCGCGUACGUAGCGCCGAUAACAGGCCACUCUCGUCGGUUAGGCGGGAAAUUUGCAUUUAAAAUGGGGCUGGUGUUAGUGCUGGUGGUCGCAUUGGUGGGGGCAGCGUGCGGGGAGGAACCUCCCGGCCGUGCGGCGGAACCGCGCCGGAUCGACUCCGGAAACAAUGGCUUGGAGAAUACAGACCUGGUCCUCGCAUUUGUGAUAUUUCGCCAUGGAGACCGCACGCCUGACAAUGAAGAGUUGGACUUGUUUCCAUCUGAGGAACAUCUGUCAGAUAGCCUUUUCUUCCCCUAUGGGAAGAAAGCAUUGACGAAUAAAGGCAAACAACGCAGCUACUUCGUUGGUAAGUAUCUGCGAGAGCUUUACGACGGGUUCAUCUCGAGAUUAUAUUUGCCUGAUGAGAUAACCAUACGGACUACUGACUACUCGAGGACCCAGAUGACAGCUUUGGCUGCUUUGUCAGCCCUGUAUCCACCUCCACCUGCCCAGAAAUGGAAUCCGAACCUGGAUUGGCAACCCAUCCCUUAUAAUACACCACCGUUUGAUGAUGAUGACCUUCUAUACUGGUACAACUGUCCCCGAUACUUAUGGCUAAGGGACAAGACCUAUGAGCGACCCGAGGUAAAGAAAUGGAUAGAACCGUACCAAAGCUUAUUUCGCUAUAUUAGCGAAAAAACUAUGACGAAUAUUACGAAACCUGAAGACGUUUUCUUUUUAGAUAAUUUAUUCCAAACGUUGAAUAAUGUUGGUGUGCGAACACCGAAAUGGGCGCAAGAAAUAAUGCCACAAAUCAAAGCUUUAACAAAGAUUGAGUAUGCUAUAGAAUUUUAUAAUGCUGAGUUGAUUCAACUGGCGUCAGGUGUUCUAAUGCAAUCAAUAGUAAACACAACGAGUUCUGUUGUGCACAAUAUAACGUAUCCUAUAGAACCGAGGUUAUAUCUGUACUCGGCACAUGAAAACAACGUGGCUGCCUUGAUGGCCGCCUCCAGAGUUUUCGAACCCCACCAGCCUAACUACGGGUCUACAUUCUCUUUAGAACUGAGAAGGAAUAAGAAUACAGGAGAAUAUGGAAUGAGUGCGGUGUACGCGCGUGACGCGGGCGGGCCUAAGGAGGUACUUCCCAUUGGAGGCUGCGGGGGUCAGCUAGUCUGCGAUUACGACAAGUUCGUGAGCCUUGUACAAGAAGUCAUGUUCUCUAAAGAAGAAAUGGAUAACAAAUGCAAAGAUUUAACGUCAUAUAGUACAAACAAAAGCAUUGUUAUUACACCCAACUUAAGCGUAAAGUCAAUGCCCUCAACUAAGAUCAUUACCAAGGUUUUUGUAAGACACUUCACCGGCAAAGUCCAAGGGUAUUUUAAGAUGGUGCAUCUGAGCAGUGUUAUAUGCAUUAAGAAAGAGGGCGGUCGCGAGGAGGAGCCGACCAACGCGGCGGAAGCGGCGCCGGCGCAGGGCAUGCGCAUAGAACACACUUGCUGCUGCCUCGGCGUGUUGGUGGGCAUCUCGCUCAUCGCCGCCCUCGUAGCAGUGAUACUGAUGAAGGAUUCAACGGUCGAAGUGACCGUUCUCCGACAAGUACACGUGCUCAUGUCACACGGAGAGCGCACCCCUAGCGAAGGGGAGCUCGCUAUGCUGGGGGCUCCGCCACCAGACCACGUGUUCUCGCCCUACGGAGCCGGCGCUAUGACUAACGAGGGCAAGAUGUUGACAUUUGAAAUGGGCGCAUUACUUAGGAAAAGAUAUGACGAGUUUUUGGGACCUUACUAUCAGAGUGAGAACAGUAUCGUGAUAUCAUCAGACACGGAGCUGAGCAAAAUGACGGCUCUAUUGAUUGCGGCGGGGCUCUGGCCUCCGUCGCCGGAGCAGGCGUGGAACGACACGCUUCCCUGGCAACCCGUGCCUUACAAGUAUCCACCGCGACGUCAAGACUUUCUACUCUACGAAGAGAACUGUCCUCGCUACAAACAAGAGAAGGAGAGGAUACUUAAAGCGUUCACAGAAGAAGGCCUGUUGCUGCCAUACCGCGAUCUCUUCCACAAGAUCGCGCAAAUGACCAACACCAACUUUAGCACGCCGCAAGAAGCUUAUUAUCUCAACAAUUUGUUCCUAAUACAGGACGACAUAAAAGUACCGAAUCCGAAAUGGGCGAAACAUGUGAAGAGAAAACUAAUGGAUGUGGCCAGAUUGGAGUAUUCAAUGAUGUUCCAUAAUAACCUGCUUAGAAGACUUAGUGGCGGGGCACUACUUCAACAAAUAAUAAAAGAAGCCAGCAGUAACAGCGCGGGGGAGUCGCAACUCCGUCUGGUCGUACGCACUGGCACCCCAGUGUCCGUAGCGGCGCUUUUGGGGGCCUGCGUGGCCCCGCCACCGCGUCUCCCGGACCCCGGAGCCGCGUUACUGUUCGAGCUACAUGAGAGACGGCCCUCGCCGCAAUCGAAGGAGCAAAAGACUUUUGCUGAUGGACAGCGGUUCGGUUUUAAGAUAUACUACUGGGACGACGACUCGGCGGAACCCCGCCUCAUGGAAGUGCCGGGAUGCAACGCGUUCUGUCCUCUCGAGACAUUCAAAGAACUAACCAAAUACAUAGUGUCACACAACUAUAACGAAGACUGCAGAGUUCCUAAUACAUAGUUCAAAACGUUGGAAACUAUAUUUACUAUGGAUUUCUAUAACAUAUCUAUAGGUUGUAUUGCGAUUAGAGUUAUGUCAAAUUAAUGUUAAAAUUCAAUCUCUAAUCGUAAAACCACGGAUGGAUAGCUUAUAGAAAUUCGCAUUAAGUGCUUCCUAUAAAUCGAUGGGUUAGGCUGUGGUAUUUAAAAGUGGACUUUAUGACGCAGGAUAUAAAAUAUAUUAUCGAUAUUGUGA